CAUGAUGUCUUCGCCUCCAACAAGAACAAGAUCCGAGAGAGAAAGUUCGUGGUGGCGAAGAAGAAUUCGAGGAGAGAGAAAGUGAACUCUUCAUUGGCGGUGGCUUGUAAGUGCAACAAUAAAGGGAGGAAGUGUGUUUGUUUGGCUUAUGAUACCCUUAGGGCUUCGCAAGAAGAGUUUUUCAAGAGAGGCGGCAACGCUGUUUUGGACAAUGAUGAUGCGAAUGAGUUAGAGAAAACUGAUAGAGCUGCUGAAGAAGGCGAAAAGGCUGUUCCAAACCCGGAUGGGAUUGUUAAUGGACUUGAAGAUAAAGUGUUUGAUCAUUGUUCUGAGCCUUGUGGAUUUGAAGAUAAGCAUGACCAAGAUGAAACUGAGGGAUCUUGUGAAAUGGGUGUUUCUAAUUCUAACAAAGAGAGGAGGGACAAGUUGUUGGAAGAUGCAAGGAAGAGUGUGCCUGAACCUGGGUCUGGAAGAGUGUUGCAUUUGGUUAAGGCUUUUGAGAACCUUUUGUCAAUCCCAAAAUCAGCUGAUUCUGAGGAGAAGGAGGAGAAAGAGAUAGAGGACGCCAGGAAAGGAAUGAAAUGGGCAUUGCCUGGGUUGCAACCUCAAUUACUUCCCGAGACACAAGUCUCUUCGUCUUCAUUCUGCCCUUCUGAUUUUAUACUCACUUCGGAGAGUUUAGGUUUGGAUUCGCGCGUUUCUUCUUCUCUAGACAGCAGUCAAGGAAGCGUUUCUAGCAGGAACUCUGGUGGUGGUCGAAGAAGCCGAAGAAAUAGUGCUGAGUCAUCUGGGACAUUUGCUAGUCGACAUUGGAAGAGAAAGCAUCUGAAACAAACCUUCCAGAAACCAUUCAAUCUUAGAACUGAGCAAAGAGGAAGUUGUAAACAAGAAGAAUUCCUCAAAAAAGUUAAACAGAUGAUGGAGGAAGAGGAGAAGCUGCGCAUACCAAUUGCACAAGGUCUUCCUUGGACAACAGAUGAGCCAGAGUGUUUGGUAAAGCCUCCAGUUAAAGACAUUACCAGAGCACUUGACUUAGUGCUGCACAGUGAUAUCAGGGCUGUGGAGCGUGCUGAAUUCGAUCAUCAGGUGGCAGAAAAGUUGAGCCUUGCUGAACAGUAUAAACUAGAAAAGGAGAGGCUGCAGAAGUUGGAAGAGGAAGAGGAGCUUAGAAGGCUUAGAAAGGAGCUCAUUCCCAAGGCUCAACCACUGCCUUACUUCGACAGGCCUUUCAUCCCUAGAAGGUCAACGAAGCAUCCUACCAUACCGAGAGAGCCUAAGUUCCACCUACCUCAACACAAGAAGAUCAAAUCUUGCAUGUCCUGGAGUGAUUUGUACGCGGAGCUACAGUGAGGGGUGGCUAAAGAAAGAGACUUAGAUGAGAACAUGCUGGGAAUUACAGCACAUUUUAUUGAUUUUUUUAGCAUUCUUUUAUUAUUUGUACAUGAAAGAAAUAAGUUUCUCAGAAUUUUGCCAAACAGCGUGUUGCUAUAUUUUUUUCCUUGGCACGACGGCGUGCCAUGUUAAUGAAUGCUUCAUAUCGUUCAGCCUGUUUUCCU